CAAGGAAGAUUAAAGCCCAUUAAACUCAGUCACGUUGUAAGGCGCUAGCACAAAUUACGUAACGCUGAAAAUUCGGAUUUUGAACCACGCAAUUCCUAUCUCUAAUCCACACAAAGUAAAGCAACCUCCACCCCCCUCUUCCCCCUCCAUUUCGCGCUAUGUAAUUUGUGCGUGACGCCUUAAUCGUCGUUAAUACUCACAAAUCGCUAAGUCGCACUUUGAAGCGUCUUAGAUCAGCUUCGUUCGCCCAACCAUGUUCAGUUAGAAGUCGGCAUCCGGAACAGAGCGAUGUAUUCGUCUUAUCGUUUGGCGCUGCUUCUCCUCGGUUUCUGUGCUUUACGUGGGGUCAGCUCACAGGCCACCACGGCACGAAUCGCCGAGACAAAAUGUCGAGAAUACAUCGCGAAAAAUAUGCGCACAACGAUCGCUUCACCAUUGCUCCUAAAUCCGUUUGUCAUAAAAUUCGAAUCGAGCAAUUGCUCCACCUCGGUUGAUCUGAUUGUGAACGGAGAGGCAGCAAAGAGAGGUGAGUUUCCGCACCAAGCCUUGUUGGGAUUGAUCAAGGAGAGCAGCCCCGAGGAAAUCGAUUUCUUCUGCGGCGGAUCGCUGAUCAGUGAGCGGCACGUGUUAACCGCGGCACAUUGCGAAGAUCCCACCGUUGUCCGCUUGGGGGAACAUGAUUUGCGGGAAGACGAGAGUCAGGUCGAUUUCGAGGUUGACGAAAUGGUGCGACAUCCGAACUACACGCUGCGUCUCUCGUAUCAUGAUAUUGCACUGGUGAGGCUGAACACCGCGGUGAUGUUCUCCAGUUUUAUGCGACCCGCAUGUCUGUGGACAAGUGUACCCCUGAACCAGUCCACUGUGAUAGCAACCGGUUUCGGUUUGACGGAGUUUGCCGGUAACGGAUCGUCGAUCUUGAUGAAGGUGACUCUUGAUGUUAUGAACAAAACUAGCUGCGAGGAAAAAUUUGCAGGGACAAAGCUGUUCAAACAAGGAAUUCGUGACGAACAACUUUGCGUGGGAAGUCAGCAGGAAGCGAAAGAUACAUGCAACGGGGACUCCGGAGGGCCCAUACAGGUUGUCACGGAUUCCAGCACUUGUGUCCUCCAUAUAGUGGGCGUUACUUCGGUCGGUAACUCGUGCGGAGUAGGACGAACGGAUUCCAUUUAUACCGAGGUGGCCCGCUACAUUGAUUGGAUUGAGGGUGAAGUGUGGCCGGGUGAACGUAGGAUUGAGCCGAAGCUCGCAGCCGAGGUUGAAAACGAUCAUCGAAUUAUGUUUCCUAUUUGGUGAUCGGGUGGAAUACAUCAUUGGAAGAAAACAUUUUGGCUCGAAACGUGUGUUAUUUUUUUUU